GUCAGUACUUACUUGUCAACAUGUCAUGUUUUUUGGAAAAGAUAAAUAAAAAUAAUUUUGCUUUUUGCUUAGCAUUAAGCAUUAUUUUAGUAUUUUAUGAUUUAUAAAACGAAUGUAUUCAUAUUUUUACACAAUCUACUGGUACACAUCCUUGAUAUUGAUUGUCUGCUUCGUUUAUUAGGAUUAAUACAAUCCAAAACAUUAAUUUGUAGACUUUUCAAUAUCACAAAUCUUUGAUCUGAAGAAGACAGCAGAAGAUAAUUCAGCUCUACCACAGGCUCUACUAUGGAAGUAAAAACGGAAAUUAAGGAAGAGCUUCUGGAAGGUGACCUAAGAUAUAUAGACAGUCAAUUAUCCUCAUUCACAAGUCUUGAAGAUUUGAAAAAUGACCUAGAAGACAAUUCAGCUAUGGAAAUAAAAGCUGAAAUUAAGGAAGAGUGUCUGGAUGGUGACCUAAGACAUAUAGACAGUCAAUUAUCCUCAUCCGCAUAUCUUGAGGAUACGAAGAAUGAAUCUAAUGAUAACACAGGCCCUCUCGGAGAGAAGAAGACAUUGGAAAUUAUAGAAAAAAUAUCCCUACAUGCAUGUAACAAAGCAUGUGUGAUUCGACCAGAUGAAGAAAAAAAAUGUGAAAUUUGUAUUAAGCAGCUUGGCCAUAAAGGUUAUUUAAACAACCAUAUGAAAUUAUGCAUUGGAAAAAAAACUUACAAGUGUGAAAUCUGUUUUCAGCAAUUUGCUCAAGCAGGAAAUUUGAAAAAACACUUAAGAACACACACAGGAGAAAAGCCUUACAAGUGUGAAAUUUGUUUUAAGCAGUUUACUACAACAAGUAAUUUGAAAGAACAUUUGAGAGUGCACACUGGGGAAAAGCCUUAUAAGUGUAAAAUUUGUUUUAAGCAAUUUAGUGCACCAGGAAGUUUCAAACGACACUUACGAAUGCACACUGGAGAAAAGCCUCACAAGUGUGAAAUCUGUUUGAAGCAAUUUUCUGAAGCAGGAAGUUUGAAAAAACACUUAAGAACACACACAGGAGAAAAGCCCUACAAGUGUGAAAUUUGUUUUCAGCAAUUUAUUAGAGCAGAACAUUUGAAACGACACUUAAGAGUGCACACUGGAGAAAAGCCCCACGAGUGUGAAAUUUGUUUUAAGCAAUUUGUUCAAUCAAAUGAUUUGAAAAGACAUUUGAGAGUGCACACUGGAGAAAAGCCUUACAAGUGUGAAAUUUGUUUGAAGCAAUUUAGUGCAGCAGUAAAUUUGAAAAAGCAUUUAACGAUACACACUGGAGAAAAGCCUCACAAUUGUGAAAUUUGUUUUAAGCAGUUUAAUCAAGCAGAAAAUUUGAAUAAGCAUUUAAGGAUACACACUGGAGAAAAGCCUUACAAGUGCGAAAUUUGUUUUAAGCAAUUUAGUCAAGCAGUAAAUUUGAAUAAGCAUUUUAAGAUACACACUGGAGAAAAGCCUCACAAGUGUGAAAUUUGUUUUAAGCAAUUUAUUACAGUAGGACAUUUGAAACGACACUUACAAGUGCACACUUGAGAAAAGCCUCACAUGUGUGAACUUUGUUUUAAGCAAUUUAGUCAAUCAAAUGAUUUGAAAAGACAUUUGAGACGGCCCUAGGGCCGUAGCCAUAGGAAUUUUAUCCUUUGGAUUUUGCCAUGAUUGCAUCUAUGUAAGACUUUUAGUCUGUUUUUGAAAGGCUUUGACCUUUGUAUUUUUUGGUUGGCUCACCAUGUUCUUGUAACACUGAUGAUGCUCUUGUUACAGAGCGAAAACGUUUUGUUUCUAUGUUUGUAGCCCUAUAGGGGCUUUUUAAAAUAAUAUACCUUUUACCAAGCCAAAA